UGUGCCCACUCUCAUGCCCUUUACUGAAGAUGUCCAAAAAAUGCAUGCAUAUCUCAAUGAAAUGCAGGAUAACUGGUACAAAUCGCUCUAUGAAAAUCCCUCUGUAAAAGCCUGGAUUGAGCUUACAAAGGUGUGUAUGACCCAGAUCAUUCUCUUUAACCGGCGCAGGGAAGGAGAGGUGGCAAGCAUGCCCUUAUCUGCAUUUUUAUCAAGAGACACCUCUGAUCCACAUCAGGAUGUGGACUGGGCUCUGUCUGAAGUGGAAAGAAAACUUUACAGACACUUUACAUGGAUUGUCACCAGGGGGAAACGUGGUCGCCCAGUUCCAAUUCUAUUGACUCCAAAAAUGCUGUGUGCAUUAGAACUCCUUGCUAAGCAGAGAGGGGCCUGUGGGGUACUAAAAGACAAUCAGUAUAUGUUUGCGAGACCAGAAGCUAUGACACAUUUCCGAGGUUCUGAUUGCAUCCGUGGAUUUGCAAAGGUGUGUGGUGCAAAAUGUCCUGAAUCACUGACAUCUACCAGACUGCGAAAGCAUGCUGCAACCCUUUCAACUGUGCUGAACAUGACAGACACAGAGAUGGACCAGCUGGCCAUCUUUCUUGGACAUGACAUUAGAAUCCAUCGUGAGUUCUAUCGACUCCCUGAGAAGACCCUGCAACUUGCAAAGAUCAGCAAAGUUCUAAUGGCACUCGAGCAGGGAAGAUUAGCUGAGUUUCAUGGCAAGAACUUGGAUGAAAUUCAGAUAGAUCCAGAUGAAAAAGUUCUGGACAGUGAUGAGGACGACUUCCAGGAGAAAUGUCAGGCAGAUUCAUCAAUUAUAGAUGAACCAUCAGCAGAGGAGAUACUUCCUCCUACCGAAAGGAAUGAAAUGCCACCACCACCGUCCAAGAGAUAUAAUCCACUACCUUUAGAUGAUACAACACCGUCAGUAGUCAGUACUGUGAGGCCUUCAUCCAAAGGUAAAGUGACCCAAAAGAAGAGACCCUGGCAGCAGACAGAUGUGCAGGCAGUGGAGAGGCACAUGAAUCGGUUCAUCAUAUCUGACCCGUUCCCGAACCUGAACCUUCUGCCCUGCUGAGACCGGCUCCUCCUGUUUCCCUUUCCCCUUGUUGUCGUGUCCUGUGUAUAUUCCCCGGACGGAUCUCACGGCUUCGAACACCUGCUUCUGCCCCUCGACCAUUCUCCUUGCUCUGCCCCUUUUCUUGUUACGAGUCAGUACAACCAAUAAACCUUCUGGCUGCGUGCAA